AUGAGGCCCUCACUCAUCCGUCUGGCCCAGCGCCCCAACCUCACUGGCUUCGACCCCAAGAAACUCGCCGCCGCUUCCAAAAGCGCAAAAGGCGACCCCUGGGAGCGAAAUGAACAAUGGCGCUAUACAGGCCCUUUUUCCCGAUGGAACCGUUUCAAGGGCAGUUUCCCCGGUCUGGGCAUAGCUACUGUCGCAUUCGCCGGAUACUGUGUCGCCGAGCAGCUGUUUUUCCCUGAAGAGCACCAUGGUCACGACGAUGGGGGCCACCACUGA